AAUAGUGGACAAACAGGGGAGCAAACUCAGGCAAGUCCCGGAAAAAAGAAAGGGAAUCAGCCAAAUAGCAGCCGACCGGAAGAACGACUCAAGGUUGUUGAAAGGCCAGUCGCUGAAAAAUGGGACCGUCCAGACGGUUCUUUUAACGUGGAAGUGAAGGAAAAGGUUUUAGUGAGAGACCACCCGACCAGAAAAACGGGUUCAGUCGGGAACGAUUGGGCUCGAAAUAAAAAGCCUUUACCCGUUGAUAUAGAUCCUCGUUUCCCAGGUAUGAAUCGUACACAGAUUCGCAAUGCCAAACGCAGGUAUGCUGCAAAGUAUGGGAAACGAGUUCCUGCAGUGCAACAAAGAACCGACGAACAAAAUGCGGCCGACCACUUGACAGGAGAUCAGUCCAUUAGAGUCUUUACAGAACAAACGACCGACGAGCAGGGAGCGGCCAUUCAGUCUCCAAUAAGUCGGUCCAGUCGGGUCUGGUCAGGAAAGCAACCGAAGGACGGAUUAGGAGCUUCCGACUAUACCAAAAGAAGUUCGUCGGGACAGGGGAAAGGUAAAGGAAUGGCAGAUGAAAUAAUUAAAGGUUUUAGAUGCCAACAUUGUGAACGGAUCAACAUCAAUCCAUCUCUGGAAGAAUUUCGUAUUGAAUCCUUGACGGUUCAAUCUCGAAAUGAGACGAAGGAAGAAGUGGUGCCUACAGAGGAAAAUUCAAGAUCUGUUAAAUCUCGUCUGGGACCACGAAUCCCUUGUCGAAUGACAGAGGUUAACCAGAUGAGUGAUGAACCGACGUGGGCGAGUCUGGUAGAUGAUACUAUGGACGAACCUUUAUGGGCAUUCUUGGCAGAUGGCGAAUUAGAGGAAACAGAGUGGGCAAAGAUUACAGAUUCUGAGCCUCAGUCGGAAGCACCUUCAAUUGUGUUUCCUCCUAUUCCAGAGGGUGCGAACUCCCAUUUGAAACCCCUGUAUGUUAAUGCUCACAUUUGUGGGAAACCAAUCACAAAGGUUUUCGUGGAUAAUGGAGCAGUCUUUAAUGUUAUGCCAUUGAAGACUCUCAAGAAGCUAGGGAAAGGAAUUCAUGAUCUGUCCCCUGUGGAAUUCGAAAUGACAAGUUUUACAGGGCAGCCGACCAAGCCUGAAGGUAUGAUGGUUGCCACAAUUGAGGUCGGACCAAAGAAAAUUUCCACUGUUUUCUUUAUUGUGGACGCAGAUACUACAUACUCUCUUUUGCUGGGACGAGAUUGGAUUCAUGCCUCUCAAUGUGUGCCAUCAACCUUGCACCAACAGUUAAUGUUCUGGGAAGGAAAUCAGGUCUUUAAAAUGGAAGCGAAUGACAACCCAUUCGACGUAACAGAACAAGUGGAAGAGUCAGUGUUUUAUUCUAGUCAUUUGGCUCCGAUGUCUCAGUUGUAUAUGGCCAGGGAAUACCCAAACAAGGGUUAUAAAGUCACUGGCCAGAACUCGAUGUUCUAUUAAAAGAACACCUUUAUUGUAUGGCUCAUGAUAAAGCCACACCCAUUUCUGUAUAAGUUGUUUGUUAUGGAAGAUACAACUUUAGAAGUAUGUAGUUCUCUUAUUAAUAAGUUCUAUUUAAAACAGUUAUUACAUAAAGUAGAAAAUAAUAAAGAGAUUCUGGAUGUUCACCUCCAAGAAGAUGAACAAUUUCGUUGGCCCGACUUAUUAGAAAAAACAGAACCAACAGCUUCAU